AUGGAAAGCAAACUCGAAAAUGGUAAUGCUUCACUUAUUCAAACAUCCAAUUCUAAACGAUCUGUCUUCGGAACAUUAACAUUAUGUUGUAUAAUCUUCUUAUGUAUUGUAUUAUUUCUCUGUGUUCUUACAUUACCAAUAAUUCAAAUCGUUAUGGGAAGUUUAUAUAUGCAUUCAUGUCCUAUGAAUCCUCAUCUACCAAUAUAUCUUAUUUCUGCUGGUGUGGCUAUAUUAAUUCUUAUAAUUACAUACACUAUAGAAGUUCCUACAGACAAAUCAAGACUCUGGACUAUUAUAAAGAUCGUCGUAGCAAUCUUAUGUCUUACUUGCUUUAUAACUGGAAGUGUUUGGAUUUUUCGUGACAAAGGAAUAGUUCAAUAUCAUAAUCCAAAAUAUUCAAGUACAUAUUGUGAAUAUUUACUAUUCAGUACUGCCUAUGGAACAAUGUUCGUCAAUUAUAGUUUGUUUUUCGGUGCUGUAUGUUAUAGUUACAAAUCUCCAAAAUGA